AGAAGAAUGGAUGCAGUAAAUGUCUCUUUGGUGACUGAAUUCAUUCUCGUAGGAAUAACAGAAAAGCCUGAACUCCAAAUGCCCUUGUUCUUUCUGUUCCUAGCAAUGUAUCUGGUCACUGCAUUGGGAAAUUCAUGUUUAAUAAUUCUGACUGUGCUGAAUUCUCACCUCCACACACCUAUGUACUUUUUUCUCUUUAACUUGUCCUAUAUAGACAUUUGCUAUUGUUCUGUGUUUACUCCCCAAAUGCUAAUGAACUUCCUGUUAAAGAAAAAUGUAAUUUCUUACAUUAGAUGUAUGACCCAGCUCUAUUUCUUUAUCUUCUUUGUUGUUUCUGAGUGUUAUGUGUUGACUUCAAUGGCCUAUGAUCGCUACAUGGCCAUCUGCAAUCCACUGUUGUACAAUGUUGUCAUGUCUCCUAAACUGUGUUUGAAUCUUAUGUUUUGUUCCUACUUUAUUGCAUUUUCUACUGCUGUGGUUCACACUUCAUGCAUGCUAAGACUGACCUUCUGUAAUGCCAACAUCAUCAACCACUACUUCUGUGAUAUUCCUCCUUUGCUCCAGCUCUCCUGCACAAGCACAUAUGUCAAUGAGCUUAUGUUGUUUGUUGUUGGUAGUAUCAACAUCAUUGUUCCUUCUGUAACUAUCUUUGCUUCUUAUGGUUUCAUCCUCUCCAGUAUCUUCCAAAUCAGUUCCUCUGAGGGAAGAUCCAAAGCCUUCAGCACCUGCAGCUCUCACAUCCUUGCUGUUACUCUGUUCUUCGGUUCAGCUGUGCUUGUAUAUUUCAAACCCUCCUCAACAGAGUCUAUGAAUGAAGGGAAAAUCUAUUCUGUCUUUUACACCAAUGUGGUUCCUAUGAUGAAUCCUUUAAUCUAUAGCUGGAGGAACAAAGAUAUAAAAGUUGCCCUUAGGAAAACCCUAAGCAGCAGGAACAUUUGA